UAGUGGAAGUGUGCUAGAUUCUCUUGGAACUCAUCAUGAAUCCCGUGAAACGUGAAGAGAACACGUCACUCAGUGCUACUGAAUAUGACCAGAGUACCAGACCUGAAGUUUCAGAGGAUACUGGCACGGAGCAGACGUGUGCUGGCACACCUGAUGAUCAUUCUCCAUCUGACAACAGAGGAUGCAGCAGCACCAUUGCACUUAAAUGCGAAGUCAGUGGGCAUGAAACAUCUCUUAAAACUCAGAACCCAAAUGGUAGAGUCAGUGAAAGACGUAAUUUCACUUUUAGUUGGGCUGAAAGAUCCGGAAAAUUAGACCAUAGUGAAAAUGCAGCAUCCGGCGAACUCAAUGAGAGUAUCUACUCAGCUCUGACAGCUAAUGAAAAUUUCCGUGAAAGGAUGGAGAAGCAUUUAAAUAAGAACAUUAAUGCUUAUGGAGAGAAAACAAUAAGAGGAUGUGUAAAUUUAGGAAUGCCUCUCAAGUGCCUCCCUACAGGUUCUCAUUUAAAAAUAUUUUUUAGUAAAAGAAAGGGGAACAAGAAAGAAAAUGAUACUUCUUCCACUGGGGAAAAUGAUCAGCUAUUACGCCCAUAUGAAAAUCCCAAUGACGUCGAAUGCAUUCUUUUUCAUGUUCUGGCUAUUGGGAAGGAAACUAAGACUAUUGUUAAGAGCAGGGCAUUUCAUGAAAAGGCAAGUACACUUUGUGUCUAUGCCUUGAAGGGUGAGACUAUCCAAGAAGCCCUGUGUAAGGAUGGUCGAUUUCGGCCUGACCUGGACCAAUUAAAGUGGAAACUCAUAGAAAAUCAUAAGAAGGUUUAUGAAAAACAGUCCAAAGUGGAGGACGUAUCUGGGAAAACCUUAGAAAUGGAAAUUCCUAAAAAGCCAUCUGGCAAGAAACGUACCCAUAAGGAAAUUGAGCAGAAGAAUGAAAGUGCCACUGGUGAAAUCAGUCCCCAGAAUCAGAUGCCAUCUCAGGUCCAGGUUCUCAAACCAGAGACAGAUGGAGAGACUGAAGAUGUAGAAUACAGCCGAAAAAAAGUUUUCCCACCUCGAAGUCUAGGACAUGACAUUGAAAAUAAAAGACGCCGGACAAUUUCCGAAAUUAAAGAUCAUUAUCGGAAAAAUCACAAAAGAAAAUACAGCAAACAAAUCUCACUUAUUUGGCAAAGGCCACGUCUGGGUAUGCAAUCUGUUAUUAAGUGGGAUAUCCAGGAGGAGACAACUGAUCCCUGGCUAAAGAAUUGCAAAAUGUUGACUACAGUGAUAAUUCAGCAAUAUCCAAAUUUUAGUAAAUAUGCACUUCAUAUGAAAAAGUUUUUUCAGAAAGAACAGAGGAGAAACAAGCUGUCACCAUCUCAACAAUUCAACAUAUAUGAAAAGCACUUCGCAAAAGCGACUAAAAAUUCUUCUACAGUUGCAAACUAUGAGCUUCGUACCCAACGUAGUGAGUCAGUUGGGUACAUCCGUUGGAACAAUAAUAGAAACAAAGGCAAUGCUACUUGUUUUGUCUUCAAUAAUGGUUACAUUUUCACCUCUCUACAUGUUGUACACAUGAUGGUGGGAGAAGGCACAGAGCCAAGUUUGUGGCCAGAUAUAAUAGGCAAAUGUGCAAAGGUAACUUUCACUUAUAAAACAUUCCACCCUCCUUCUGAAGAAUGGUUUUUCAUUGAGCCAUGGUUUGAAGUGUCUGAUAAAGGUCUGGAUUAUGCCAUUUUAAAACUAAGAGCAAAUGGAAAUGGACUUCCUCCAGGUCUAUUUGGGGACAAAUUUCCUCUUUGCCAUCUAGUGGUUCUUUAUUUAAUUGGUCACCCAGAAGGCCAGGUAAAAGAAAUAGAUGAGUGUACUGUGAUUACUCUAGUGGAUCGUGUAGGGAGGUACUCAGACCUUGUUCAGAAUUCAGAACCCCAUGCUUUCUCUAUGUUUACCCCAAGAAGUUUCCCACCUGUGGCUUGGCGCGGAGAUGCACUUAGUUAUGAUACUUGUUUUUCAAGUGGGUCCUCUGGCUCCCCAGUGUUUAAUGCAUCUCACCAAGUCGUUGCUAUACACUCCUUUGGGCAGUUUUAUAAACGUGAAGGUAAGGAGUAUGCCUUUAUUGAAUAUGGCUAUUCUAUGGAAUCAGUUCUUUGUGAUAUUAAACAGAAAAAUGAGGCCUUUCAUAAACUGUUAACCCAAGAGAAAAAUGAGAACCUUGAUCAAGAGAAAAAUAAUAAACAAGAGUCUUCACUCCAACAUCAUCAGAUGGAACCCAUGGACCAUUAGAAGAAAAUAUCUCAAGAAUUUAGAGUAUGUGGGACUGCUUUCUUAAAGUAUAAUAACUGGGUUUUCUUGAUUAAAAAACAUUUAGAGAAUUGUGUGCAUGUGCAAAAUACAUAGUAGACUUGAAAUAAAUACUGACGUUCUUUCUCA